AGGACGACUAAUUUAAUACAUAUAAGUAAUCAAACAUCGAAAACAAAAUUUCCAAUGAGCAGCACACAAAAAUAAUUAGCCACAUACAAAAAAAAAAUUUGUUUUGUGGCUAAGUAGCAUUUUUUGUAGACUCUGUCACCAUCCGUCUUCCAUAUGGACCCUUUUACUGAAAUGGGUAUUAUGGGUUCGUCUUCCAAAGCUUCAGAAGGCAAGUCCAUGGCGGUGGACGAUCAACCUCAAACAUUCCGUGCAGGUUCAGUCGUUGAGGUCAGCAGUGAGGAGGAAGGCUUCAAGGGUUCAUGGUUUGUAGCCAAGAUUCUAACUUUACCUAAAGAGAGGAACAAAGGCAAGGCCUUGAUUCAGUACCAGACAUUGAUUACAGAUGAGGAAUCAAGGAAACCAUUGAAAGAGUCUGCAAGUCUCUCCUUCAUCAGGCCAUUGCCACCAGGACCUGAACCAGACCAGAUUUUUGAAGUGAAUGACAUUGUUGAUGCAUUUCACAGAGAUGGGUGGUGGGUUGGUGUCGUUUCAAGAGUUCUUGACCACCGCAGGUACUAUGUGUCUUUUGAAGAACCGGGUGAACAGCUUGAGUUUGACCGUUCAAAUUUGAGGGUACAUUUGGAUUGGCUUGAUGGCAAAUGGGUUAAACCUCAAAAGCUGCAGGAGUCCAAUCGUAAAAAGGUUGAUGGAGUUGAGAAACUUAUUAUUAAUACUUUUCAGAAGAAGAGGAGAAAACUACAAAAAUGUAAAAGUCAACUAUCUCCACUAGUACAAGGUAAGGAAGGUAAUGCACUGGAAAUUGUUCCAAUGGAUCAUUUAAUUGAGGAAGUUGAAUUUUCUGUCCAUGCAACAUUGAAGGAUAUUAACCAGCAGAAGGGUCAUGUCAUGAGCAGGCACAGGAAAGAAGAUUGUAGUACAAGAGCUCGAGCGAAGAGAAAGCGACCUCAAGUGGUGUAUGAAAUUAUCAAGCCUUUGUCUGUUGAUGUUCCUCAAGCACAUUUUACAGAACACACUGCCAAACAAGCUGACUUGUCCAGAGUCUUAGGGUUGGAGCCAGGAUCUCAAACUGCAAUCAAAGGAACAAUUAAUAUAGCUUCUGCAAGAGAUUGCAACACAAAAGAAAAUGAGGUGGUUUUGGCUGUAAAGGCCUCUGAUAUUUGUCAUGAUGUGCAACCUAUUUCAUCUUGCUUUGAAGAUGCGCCAUCAACACUUGAACUUGCAAACAUGCCACCCAUGCUAAUGAAAGGAAUUGAAUCUGGUUCUCAGACGGCAGUGGUCGAAAUAGUUUCCACAACAGAUUGCCAGACAAAAGAAAACAAAGUGAUUUUGGCUGAAAAAGAGUGCAAAACAAGUCAUGGCAGGGAACAUAGAUCAUUGUGCUUCAAAGAAGCUCAGUCCACGCUUCGAGACAUUGAUACCUCGACAGUGAAUGAACAAGACUCCAGUCUUGUUCCUGAUGGAGUUGUGAAUCAACAGAAUGAUGACAGAGAAAAGGCCCUUGAAGACAGGCGCCCAUUGCUUAUGAAAGGAAAUGACUCCGGUACUGAGACUGCAAUCAUUUAUGUAGUUUCUGCAACAGAUUGUAAGACAAAAGAGGAUGAGGUGGCUUUGGGUAGAAAAGACUGCAACAUGUGUCAAGAUGAGCAGCCUUUGUCAUUAUGCUGUGAAGUAGCUCAGUCCACACUUCAAGACACUGAUCCCUCUCUAAUGAAUGGAAAAGACUCCAGAGAAAAGCCUCUCGAAAUUGAGAUGCAGUCACCUUCAACUGGUGCCAUGGGCAAUGGUGAGCUAAUGGAGGGGCAAGACUUUCUUCUCCUAGAGGACUCACCAGUCUGGAAAGCAGUUAGAUCCAUGGAUGUUUUCCAAACCAUGCCUCAGAAACCUCAUUUUCGACCCUUACUCAAGGCCAAAGAGAUAGCCCGUGAAGGAUUGGCUGUUGGUCAUAUGAUCACAUUUGCAGCAUUGGUGCAGAAGGCAAAAAAAUUGAAAAUGGGGGAUCCCAUCAAGAGUUUUACUAGCAUUCUGGAAUCUCUUCCUGAAUUUGAGAUACUUGGAUUUGACAUUAAGUCAGUGAAGCUUCGCGUUAACAGGUUGUUGUUUCUCAAAGAUAAGCAAGAACGGCUUCUAGGGAAGUCGAAGGCCAAUGCAACUAAGGUCACAGAGCACUCUAAUAAACUAACCACAUUGGAUGCAGAGAUAGAGAACGUUGAAAAGCAAAUGAAAACCUUAGCUGAAAAGCAAACAUUGCUCUUUUCGGAGAGGCAGAUAGAGAAGUCUAAAAUUGCAGAGGUGCAAGAAGAAGAAGAGGGUACCGUUCAAGACAUCCAACGCACCGAGAUGGAUUUCGAAAGUAUAGCCACUAGCCCUUGGUGACCACUAUGGUUCUCUCAUAUGACCUUUUUGUUCCACCGUCUACUAAGCUAUAUUUUGGUCCCAAAUUAACAGCCCAAGUGAACUUGUUCAUAGUUAUAGGGCAUUGAAUGACAUACUACUGGGAAGAAGAUUAUACCUUCAAGUGGCUUUUUUUUGGUUAUAUAUGAGCCAUUUAAACAAACUAAUAUGUAGAUAUUGCAGUUACUAAUGAGUAAUAGAAGUGGGUAACUUAA